CGUAUUUAAAAUGGAUACUGCAUCCUUUUCCGACAUUCGUUUGACAUGUUAUCAUUCCUUCAAUAAUGAGUAUAUGCGGGAAUUUGUAAGCAGUUUAUGCGACGUGUGCAAUAUACAGAAGUAACUUCAGUGGAUAUGCGAGAAGCUUUUUAAAAUUGUAGAGAUGUUUUAAAAUUAUUCUAUAUUUUAAUUUUGUUUGUUUUCCACAAUGUCAACGUCUACUUCUACAUAUAUAGAACAACAAGUGACUAAUGUCAUUAAAAGAUUUAAAUUUGAAGAAAUGGAAUCAUCUGUAAUGCCAAUUUUUCCAGAAAUAUCAUGGACUAAUGUAAAAUCUCAGUUGGUCAAAUGUCACAAAACAUUUACAUCAAUUAAUGUAGCACCAAAUUAUUAAAAAGAUUGUACUGAAAUAAAUCUACCGGAGAAAACUUUGAUAGACCGUCUACUAACACUAAAAUUAAUUGACAUAAGUUGGCAUAAUAAACGAUUAAUGUGGUAUGGUUACACAUUCAUUAAUUCUAAUAAAUCUACAAAUUAUUUUAUAAACAAAGAUAUUGCAGACAACAUGCAAAAUUAUUUUGACUCUCUAAAUUUAAAAGUUGAUGUAAGAGUGCAUACGCACAGUGGUAUCACAUUUGUAGCUUUGUUUACAAGAGGAAGAAUACAAGAACAAAAGUAUGUUAAUGCUACAUAUCUUGCCUUGUUUAUUGGUCAAAAGUAUUUCUUCUCUACUAGAAGAUACGUUUCAUCAGAUCUUUUAAAUGCAGUAAUAAGGUGUAUGGGUUAUAUGGAUUCUAAGAGACUUAAAUUAACGGGAAAAGAUCUUAGAUCUUUGAGUAAAUUAUGUUGGAGGAAAAUGGAAGGAGCAUUAAAUUCUAAUAUUGAUAACACUUUGGAAUAUAAAGAUGCUGUUCCCAAUAUUAAAAAAACGGGUAUAGAUUUUACUCAACAAAAACAACGGAGAAAAUACUCGGAAACGUGUUUUGGUGAUAAUCCAGCUACCCUAGAAUCGCUUGUUAUAAAUGUACCAAGUACACCUGUGAUUCACAAAGACAUAAUAAAAGAAUUACCAAAUGAAAAUAUACAUGCAACGUGGGAGUUCCGUAGUCAUAAUAUUCCAGAGUGUUUAACAAAGUUAAUAGAACGGCGUGUACUUGUUACACCUCUACCUUAUUAUAUAUCAAAUCUUAUGGUAUUAGGAAAGAAUAAAAUAACGCUAGAAUAUAAUAAUUGACAAUAUUCGAAUGACGCGUAAUCUUAAUAUUUAGUAAAAUACAAAAGUUGCUUAUUAUUUUAAGAACUUAGAAUUUGUACAUACAGUUAGGGCUUACAAAUGGUUUUCAACAAUUACAUGACGUGAAAUAGUACUAUAUUUCUACUACUGUAGAUCUAGUAUAAAAUAAAAAUAUAAAAUUUAAUUAUUUCUUUUAUCAAAAUAGCAACCUUUAUAUUAAAAAUGAUUGUA